UUCGUUUUAUUUUAAAUUACUCCAAAACAAUCAAAGUCAAGGUAGCAGAACGAAUAUUAACUCUAUGCCAAGGGGGAAGCUGAAAGAUGCAAACUCUUAGAUUGAAUGCCAAAUCUGAUCCGUUAACUUGAUUUGUUUUAAAUUCGACAUAAAAAAUGAAAAAGAAGUUGUAAUAAGGAAUAAAAUCUUGGCACGUAGAUAUGAAAAGAUGACGACAAGAGGUCAAUUAACAAUUAUUGAUUUUUUAAAAAAUAAGAAGAAUAAGAAGAAAAGAAUAGGAAGACAACAAAAAGGUAUUUGUCAUUUAAGGAAAUUGGUUUUUUAAAUAAAAAGAAUGAUAAAGAAUACAAAUAUAUAUAUAUACAGGGACACAAAAUUGAGGGGUCAGUUGCUCAAUUGAAGAGUGUCUGGAUUUUUCUUUGGGCCAAGAAGGAUAUUUAGAUUUAAUUUUCCUUAAGAGAAGUAAAAUUGUAAUUUAAACAAAUAAUCACAACUAUUAGAUUGAAUAAUCUCUUUAUUUUUCGCUCUUAAUUUUUUUGUGUUUAUUAAUUAGUAUUUUACCAAGGAGUAGAGUAGGAGCUUAUCACGGAGCCAACAUCUCAAGUGCCAAUAUCCUGCUGUCAUUUCUCUCGCGGACAUAUCGAAACGUGUCUUCUUCGUAGGACCCAUCAGCUCUUGUCCUUGGGUCCAACUUCAAUGGGCCGAAUAUUCUGUCUACCCUGUUCGGCGCCGAACAUUCCACGCUGGCAUCUACGUGUCGCUUCAAUUUUUUCUUCUACAACUUCCUCUAUUUUCCAUAUUCCAUUUCCUCCCGUUGGAUUAUGGCGCUUUGGGUGACUUGUUCACAUCUAACGGUGGACGUUCGUAGCAAGUAAGCUCGCUCACGGGGGAACACAGUGGUUCCUUGGAGCGAAGAAUUGAAUAAUGGGGGUGCCACGAUGUUGCUUCAGAUUCGUCGCCGAGCUUCGCUCUAACAUGUUUCGUUUCAACAAAUUGUACAUUGAAUUUGCUAAUUCUACAAAAACCCACGUAGCAGCGCAUUCACGCUUUCGUUUCUGAAUUGUUUCUGACUUCUCUCGUUUUUGGGUGGUUCCAAUUGAGUUUCAAUUUUCAAUUCCGCAUCAUUUUGCUGCGAGACCAGAGAUCGUUCGUGGGUUUUUUCGCUUCAGUUCUUGUGAAAGUAGUAGAAUUCUGUGAGAGUGAUAUCGCUGUUAUUGGGUUUUUUGAUCACUUCCUUUUUGUGUUGCUUUUGGGACCUGAUGAUCGAACGGAGGCGCUGCUUAGCUGAAAUAUAAAGCAGAAACAGCAAGUGCGAUUCGGAUUGGGAUUAAGAUUGAUUGUGUAGGAAGAGAUAUAAAUACGAAAAUCGAAGUGUGUUGUUCAGGUGUAAGUGAGCGAGAGUGAUGGAGAGAGGUUAUGAAGGAGGAGGGAAUUUUGGGUUUGAGAAUGCGGUGGUGAUGACCAGAGACCCAAAGCCAAGGCUCAGAUGGACGGCUGAUCUUCACGAUCGAUUUGUCGAUGCCGUCACCAAGCUUGGUGGCCCCGACAAAGCGACUCCCAAGUCUGUGUUGAGGCUGAUGGGCUUGAAAGGCUUAACUUUGUAUCAUUUGAAGAGUCAUUUGCAGAAAUAUAGACUUGGACAGCAGGCACGGAAGCAAAACAGUGAGGAACAACACAAAGAGAAUAAAAAUAAUAGAGGUGCAUAUGUACAUUUUAGUGAUCGUUCUUCGGGGCCUAACACCAAUUACAGAGGCAAUAACCAAACAGAGGAAAUCCCAUUAGCAGAGGCACUGAGGCGUGGGAUCGAAGUUCAAAAGCAAUUGGAAGAUCAGCUCGAGGUACAGAAGAAAUUGCAGAUGAGAAUAGAGGCUCAAGGGAAGUACUUGCAAGCCAUGCUUGAGAAAGCACAGAAGAGCCUUUCCCUGGACAUGAAUGGACCACAAAACCUGGAAGCAGCUAGAGCUCAAUUGACAGACUUCAACUCUGCUCUGUCCAAUUUCAUGGAGAACAUGAACAGAGACAACAAAGAAAACAUCAUGGGAAUGAAUGAUUUCUACAAGAAGGCCCACAGUUCAUCGGCUUUUGGAAUUUACCCGGAAACAGAGGGAGAAGAUCUCAAGGACCGGAAGCCUAAGGUUGAAGAGGGUUCAAUACAGUUUGACUUAAACAUCAAAGGUAGCUAUGACUUUGUAUCAGCAGGUGCAGCUGAAAUGGAUUCCAAGGUGCUUUCAUACAGAGUGUAAAAAAAAUUUUGAGCUGUACUGUGCCCAUCACGAGAAGAUAUAUUCUUCAUGAUUUUUUUUUUUGUUAAGUCUCUCGAGUAUAAAUAUGAAGAUAUAAAAUUGUCUUUUCUGUUCUAAGGAAAACCAAUUUCAUUAGUUCCAAUUUCCUUUA